AUGGGUUUUUUCAGCAAAAUAGUUUUCUGGGGGAAGUCUGUCAUUGCAGUUACACUUUUAUCAUCGUGUGCAUUGUAUGGUGUGCUUGCAUCGAUUGUAUUUUCAUUAAUUGGUAAAAAGCAUUUGGCGCAAUGGAGUACUGCUCGCUGUUUCUAUGGAGUGAUGGGUUUCAUCAUGGGUAUUAAGAUUAAUUUGAUCAAUGGUGAAAGAUUGAACGAUUUGCCAGCUAUUUUUAUCUCGAACCAUCAAUCUGAAUUGGAUAUCCUAAUGCUGGGUAGAACUUUCCCACCUGGAUGCACAGUUACUGCUAAGAAACAGAUAAAGUGGGUUCCCUUACUGGGUUGGUUUAUGAGUCUUAGCGGUACUUUGUUCUUGGAUAGAUCUAGCAGAGAAAAGGCCAUCAAGGUCUUAAAUGACUCUUUGGCCAACCUAAAGAAGGAUAAAAGGGCCCUCUGGAUUUUCCCUGAGGGAACUAGAUCUUAUUCUACAAAGCUAGAACUAUCAGCAUUUAAGAAAGGUGCUUUCCAUUUGGCGCAACAGGGGAAAAUACAGAUAAUCCCUGUUGUUGUAUCAAACACUAGUUCCAUCUAUCACCCCAGGUCUGGAGUCUUUAACAGGGGUACCAUAACAGUCAAGGUUCUUGAGCCAAUUAGCACGGAAAAUUUGAAGAAAGAAGACGUAGGUGAUCUAUGUAACCGUGUUCACAAGUUGAUGAACGACGAGCUGAAAAAUAUUGGAUACUCCGAAGCCAUCGUGGAUACCGUUUUACCUGCAGAUGUGAUCGCGUAUAACUCUGCCAGACGUUUUGAAGAUCAGCAUCGUUUGACUGCAGAUGAUUACGAAGAGGAAAUAGUUGACCUGGACCGUUCUUCUAUUCACUCUAAUGGGACUGUUGUGACCAAUCCAGAACCCACUGAACGUAGUAGUUUACUCAAAGAAGUUAUUUAG